AUGCCGUGUGCUGCAGAUUUGGUGAAACAACACCGCUUUCUUAUGUUGUCUAAAUCGUGGUGUCCUGAUUGCCACUACGCCAUCAACAUUUUCAAGAAAUACAAUGUUUUAGAUAAAGUGCACCUUGUUGAGUUGGACAAGAUGAACACAGUGGAAUCUUUGAAACUUGAAAAGGAAUUCACUGCCAUAUCUGGUAGAAAGUGGGUUCCUUCGUUGUUCUUCAACGAGAAGUUUUGGGGCAAUGAGGCUUCCUUGAAGAAGCUUGAAAGUUUAGAUCAGACCGAGGCUGAGUUCAAAAAAGUCGGUUUACUCUAA